CUCCAGACUCCGCCCCGCAUCGGACCUGAUGACUCAGCCAGAGAGCUUUCCACCCCGCCUUCCCGAAAGAGCGUAACAGCUCUCUGGCAAUUGUCGUGCAUCACUAAUAAUUUUGCUGGAUCUGUAGACAAUUAUCUUCUGUGAUCCUUUUCUCAUUCUCAUCAGAUUUGUCUGUUUUGGAAGAUUUGUGUCUUCAUACUGGGGGAGCUUCCCCGCGGUUAAGGGAAAAGACAGAAAUUUAAAGGCACACUUUUUUUGUCGUGAAAUCGUGAUAAGAUACCCACGAAAUUCAAUCUCUAGUGGAAUAGGUACGGAGAAAGGAGAUCGAUAAGGGGCAGAUAAAGUCUGAACCCCUCAAACAUACGACCAUCCGAGAAGAGAAAGAGGAGAUAUACAAGAUCCCCAAAUCCAAAAUGACCGACUCCGUCCGCCUCACAGUCCUUAUAUCCGGCAACGGAUCCAAUCUCCAAGCCGUGAUUGACAAAUUGAGCGCGGGGCAAUUCCCCGAGGUAUCUAUCGUGCGCGUUCUCUCCAACCGCAAGGAUGCCUUUGGACUGGAGCGUGCCCGCAAAGCCAAUAUCCCCACGACGUACCACAACCUGGUCAAGUACAAGAAGCAGCAUCCCGCGACCCCCGAGGGCGUACAAAAAGCGCGCGAGGAAUAUGAUGCUGAAUUGGCUCGACUAGUCUUGGAGGACAAGCCGGAUCUGGUCUAUUGUUUGGGUUUCAUGCAUGUGCUGUCGCCGCGGUUUUUGGGACCGUUGGAGGAGAAGAAGAUUAAGAUUAUUAAUCUGCAUCCUGCGCUGCCGGGGCAGUUUAAUGGGGCUCAUGCCAUUGAGCGUGCUCACGCUGCCUGGCUAGAAGGCAAGAUUGACAAGACUGGCGUUAUGAUUCACAAUGUCAUUUCGGAAGUCGACAUGGGAAAACCCAUUCUAGUCCGCGAGAUCCCUUUUAUCAAGGGUCAAGACGAAGAUCUGGAUGCGUUUGAGAAGAAAGUGCAUGAGGUCGAAUGGGGCGUUGUCAUCGAGGGAUUGGAGAUUGCUCUCAAGGAAAUCAAAGAAAAGCGCAGCCAAUAAGUCCUGGAGACAUCUGCAAAGAGAGAUGCAGUGUGGCGGACUGCAUUGAAUGGGCGCCAGAUCACGCAUGGCGCAUACGAUAGUGCAUACCAAAAAAAAACUUCGACACUGCAUGUCGAAAUCCGAUUCCCAACAUGUAUAUAGAGUCUUGAAAUGAUAUUCAACUACAUUCGAUUUCUAGAGCAAAUUUCCCACUUCUGUGAUAACUACAUAGUGGUGAUAGCUCAGCAAGAAGUCUUUCUGAGUCCACUCAAAAUGCAGAGAUAACCAAGCAUUUCAAACCUCCUAAGCUCAAAACGAAACACAGAAAGAGCUCACACAAGCAGUUCAAAAACAUUUGAUUUUUUAUUUGACCUUGCUACCUGAUCUUUUAACGAAAAUGCAUCACCGAUUCGUAUGAGAGCUCGAGCCUUGACUAGCAUGACUCGCGACGCAGGAUCAUC